AUGGUGAAGGCAGACCCCAAGAGGAACUACUACGCCGACUUGGACCUCCAGCCAGGUGCCGACACAGAGGAAAUCAGGAAGCAGUUCCGGAAGCUAGCUCUCAUAUACCACCCAGACCGCAACCCAGGCCGAGAAGCGGAAUGCGUGCCCAAGUUCCAGGCUAUCCAAGCCGCUCACGAGGUCCUGGGCGACCCUGCCGAGCGGCACAAAUACGACGCGGAGCGAAGUCGACUUAACAUCUACCCCAAUCUCGCAAGACCCAAUGGCCCGCCGCGGGCCUCCUACACUGCCAACACCAACUUCCCGCCUCCGCCGCGACGGACGAACCCGUCUGAGACUACUCCUCGUAGGCCGGCCUUCGCCUCCACCCCAUCAUCCGCUGGCGCCAGUCGGUUCACGAAUUUUCCUCGACCGCCCCCCUCAGCACGAGCGGCAAGGGAGGAUGCAGAAGCAAAGGCGAAUGUCCGCAAUGCCUGGCAAAACAUGAAACCGGGCAAACAUGCGGCAGGUGCAGGACCUGGCCCAGGACCACCGCCCCCAGCUGGGACAGCCAGGUACCGCUCGGCCUCCGACCAGGAGGAUCAAGCAGACAAGGGUAGGACUGCGUGGGAGAAUUUCAACACAGCAAAGCCUGGUAUGGGCAGGAGCAACACCACCAGGACGCCAAAGAAAUCAGGCUUUGAUCCUACCGCCGAGGGCGACGAGCGUCAAGCAGGAAAUGCGUCGUCUUACUACACAAAUUCACGGUACUCGGACCGGCCAGCGCCGCCUCCCCAUGUCCGGCCAGAGGUUCCUCCUACACCCCCCCGAGCAGCCGGUGCACCUCCAACGGCUCGUAGACCUGACCCUAUGGACCAUCUCCGUGACAGAUUGUUCGACGAUGUUCCUUUUGCUGAAGGCAACAGAGACAGAACGCCGUAUGCGAACAGCAGCGGCGAAAGAACUUUCCUAGGCCGCUCUGCUAGUGUCCGCAGUUCGCCGCAUCGACCAGAGUCGUCAGAGACCCCAGAUUCCUUCCGCCCACACCGUCACCGCAGCGCGAGCCCCAGCUCGAGAGCACGACCAGAUGAGCAACCAUUCUCCCCGAAAUCUCAAGUUCCACCGCCAUUCCCUUCGGCCAGCUCCGCGCAUACUCGAGAUCGACUAAGCGGCAAUGCUACGAAACCAUUCUUCAGGCAUAGCUCCAGCGACGAAGAAAGCGACACUGAUCAAAGGCGGAGGUCUGGCGCACCUCGUCCUUGGGAGACUAGGCCUACUCCGAAUGAAGACAAGCAAUACACGGAUCAGACGUACCGACCCAAAGCCGCACCCGCCCCGUCGUGGCAAAAGCAAGACCAUCGAUCGCCACCGGCACCAGCGUACCCGGCGCAGAACGGCACCAAUGGAGGAACAGCCGCCCCUGCCAACGGUAUGGAACAGAAGAGUCAAUCCAAUAUGUAUGCAUCACCUUUCACUAGUGGUCAUCUUCCUUCGCCAGUCGACAGUAGUUCAACUCAUUUCUCUCGAAUAUCAAUGCCGUGGUCAAAGAAGUGGCCGUUCGGUUCGAAAAAGCGCGCAGCAGGAGCUUCAACAAGCCCACCGCGGCCACCAUACUGGGCUAUUCCGUCCAGUGUCUCGCCGGCAAAAAAGGAAGCGAAUAGCGCAGCAACACCAGCGGCUUCUCAACAAGCCGCUGGUUGCUCUUCCACUCUUCUGUCUGAUCAUUCUCAUCUCUUAUCGCCACUUCUGAAGACCUCGGUCACUUCGUCAGGGGCACCAAAUCGCCCUUCAGGUUUGCCGAUGGACCCCAUUUUCAAGUCAGAGUUUGUGCCGACCAGCGAACCCUUAGCAGAUGCUGCGGGCGAUUUCACUUUAUCACCUUUUGAGUGCAGCUGUAUGGCUAACGGGUAUAUCAUCAGCAGCUUCGACUUCCUUGCUACCGACAACACGUUCUCACCAUCCCAAGCCCAGACUUUUAAGAGUCGUAGCCAUGAAAGCGUCAACACGACUUUCAGCCCAAGCGACUGGGAUGGAAAAUUCACUGGAGCUCCGGACUAUUUCGCCCAACCUCCGCCAACUGCCCGGAAAGAGAGUAGAGCAAGAGUCUCGCCCACAAGAGGCCGGACACAGAGCAGAGCCGUGCCGGUACCACCUCCGCCUCCGCGGAGCACCGAGGAUCUGAAUUCGAAGUCCGGACUUCGGCCACCUAUGAACGGGGCUGUCAACAGCCCAUACAACGUGUCUUCUGAUAGCUUACCAGGGGGUGUCAAGUUUUCGCAGGAAGAGUGGGCCAAGACCUUUAAAGAGCCUAGCUGGGUUUAUCCGCCGCCAAAGGCACCAUCUCCUACCAGACCCUCAUCAACUGGACGGAGGACGAAAACUCCAGCAGUACGGAAGGCAUCUACCAGUAAACCGAAGAGCUCGUCCAUACCACAGCCAACAAGUGUGAGCGAUGCCGUCGAUGACUUUGAGGAACCGAAUCGCACCACAUCCCGAGACCCUGAAGGCCUCUACGCGACUGCGAGCAGAGACAGUAACGCCAUGGACAUUGACACUGAGAGUCCCAGGCCUUCCGUCAGCAACAGCAUGCCGCCACCGCCUCCAGGGCCGCCACCAGCAACCCUUUCUACCACUACGUCUGCCCCGGCGACCGCAGGUCCUCGCCUGGUACCUGUUCAGCCAACCCGUCCAGAGUGGCGUGAUGAUUCAGCCUCCAUGCGCGAUUCCAAAGUCCCUACUACGGUCUUCUCUCCCACCGAGCCCUCAAAGAAUACCGUUAACCUUACCGACCUGAAAAGUGUUGCUCCCUUCGCCGCCAGUGCAUCCGGCCUGCAAAGCACAGAUGAUCUCGCCUCCUCUCUGCCCUUCGAAUCCAACCCAUCUCCCAACCACCCAACCAAGUCAUUCGCACCAAAGGAACUGCCUUUGCCUCAACCUCCGAAAGCGCCAACGCCACCUGAGCGGUUAACGCAAAAGAGCUGGGCAGACCACCUCGGCUACUUCAGCGCCUACAUGAUCGAAUGGAACAAAUACAACCGCAACAUGCUGAACCACUUCGAGGCCAGACAAGCGGCGGCCGAGAUGCUGAUGAGCCCCGUUAACCCUCAUCAUCCUAAGCGCGAAGGCGGUGGUUGGCUGGGAGCGAAGGGCGAGGGCGAGAAGGGCGGUUUCAAGAGCUAUCUGCAGGCCCUUACGGAGGAUGAGAGGGUCAGGAUGCAUUGGACAGUUUCGUGCGAGAGGCAUAAGGAUGCGGUACAGCGGCUGGGUGGAUUGAGGGAGAAGGUUUUAAGGGCCAAGGUUUUACCGGUGGCUUGA